CUUCGCAGCUUAUAUGUAAUUUAAACCAUUUCUUUAUUUAACGGUAGUUUUCAACUGAAGAGCUUCUUGUUGUACUGUGUGCACAUAUAUACAUCGCGCGCCGUUACGUUUAGUUUUCUGUUAAAUUAUAAUUAGUAGUGGAGGGUGGCCAAAGACCACCACACCAUGCAUGGCGAUGACGGAAGAGGGAGGAGGAGGAGAGGGGAGAGCGAUAAUUCUGAGGCGACGUGGAAAAGCUUGGGGCGUCGGAUGGUGGCAUGUUACGGCGACCCCGAAGCUAGUUCCACCACAUGCGGAGGAAGGCCUCCUGAUCUAUGGCGGCAAUUUGUGAUUCAUCCUGAUAACCGGUUGUACCUCUUGUGGAAGCAUUUCAUUCUGAUAUGGGCAGUCUAUUCAUCGUUCUUCACCCCAAUGGAGUUCGGUUUCUUCAGAGGCUUACCAGAGCAUAUCUUCCUCCUUGACAUCGCCGGCCAGUUCGUUUUCCUCAUCGACAUUGUUCUCCGCUUUUUCGUUGGCUAUCGCGACACCCACUCCUAUUGCAUCGUCUACAAUCGCUAUCAAAUUGCUAUCAGUUACCUCAAGUCUCGCUUCAUCCUUGAUCUUCUCAGUUGUCUCCCCUGGGAUUAUAUUUACAAGGCUACUGGGAAGAAAGAGGUUGUGAGAUAUCUGCUAUGGAUAAGGCUAUGCCGAGCUUGUAGAGUAACGGAAUUUUUCGAGAGGGUGGAGAAAGAUAUUAGAGUGCAUUACCUGUGUACCAGAAUUGUUAAACUUCUCGUUGUUGAACUUUACUGUACUCAUACUGCUGCCUGCAUCUUCUACUAUCUUGCUACCACCAUGCCCCCCUCCAAGGAAGCUUACACCUGGAUUGGCAGCUUGAAGAUGGGUGAAUACACCUUUUCUGACUUCAGAAACAUCAAUCUUUGGAAGCGUUACGUCACAUCACUCUACUUUGCAAUUGUUACCAUGGCAACUGUUGGCUACGGAGACAUUCAUGCAGUCAAUGUCAGAGAAAUGAUAUUUAUCAUGAUCUACGUCUCCUUUGACAUGAUUCUGGGCGCUUACCUUCUUGGCAAUAUGACUGCAUUGAUUGUCAAAGGAUCAAAAACAGAGAGGUUCAGGGAUAAAAUGGCUGAAAUCAUUAAGUACGUCAAUAAAAACAAUUUGGACAAGCAAAUAGGUAAUGCCAUCAAAGGUCAUUUGCGCUUACAGUAUGAUCGCAGCAGCUACACCGAAGCUUCUGUUCUUCAGGAUAUCCCAAUCACUGUCCGCACGAAGAUUUCAAUAAUUUUGUAUGAUCAGUUCAUUCAGAAAGUUUCUCUUUUCAAGGGAUGCUCUUCGGAGUUUAUUAAGCUGAUUGCAACCAAAGUCCACGAAGAGUUUUUCCUCCCAGGGGAAUUGGUAAUGGAGCCAGGAGAUGUAGCAGAUCAACUUUACUUCGUAUAUCAUGGUGACCUGCAUGAGAUAAGGAGGGGAGAUUGUGAUACAGAAGAGACAAUCACAUUGCAUACCUAUAGUUACUUCGGCGAGGUUUCUUUUCUUUGCAAUAUGCCUCAAACUUCCAUGGUUCAAGCUCAUGAAUUUUGCAAGGUUUUGCGACUUGAUAAGCAAUCCUUUACAGAAAUACUGAAGAUAUACUUUGUAGAUGGCCGUAUUAUCUUGAACAAUCUCCUUGAGGGAAAAGACUCCAGUCUUAAGCGUAAGCUUUUGGAAUCAGACUUCACCCAGACUAUUGCAAACCAGGAAACAGAGCUGGUUAUGAGGAUGAACUGUGCUGCCUAUGAUGGUCACCUUGACCUUUUGAAACGUUUGAUCGGAUCAGGGGCCGAUCCCAAUAAGACUGAUUAUGAUGGCAGAUCACCCUUGCAUAUCUCAGCAUCAAAAGGAUAUGUAGAUAUUUCGCACUUUCUUGUUGAACAAGGAGUAAAUAUCAAUUUGGCAGAUAAAUUUGGGAGUACUCCCUUGCUUGAUGCCAUCAAGAAUGGACAUGAAGAAGUAGCAUCUUUACUUGUUAAUGCGGGAGCUACCCUGACUAUUGAUGAUGCUGGAAAUUUUCUCUGCAUGAUUGUUGCAAAGCGGGAGUUGGACAUUUUAAAAAUGGUUCUGGUCUGUGGAAUUAAUCCAAAUGCCAAAAAUUAUGAUCAGCGUACACCUCUUCACAUAGCCGCCUCCGAAGGUUUGUAUACAAUGGCUGAAUUACUUCUAGAAGCAGGAGCAAGUGUUUUAUCUAAGGACAGAUGGGGAAAUACACCGCUUGAUGAAGCUCGUACAUGCGGAACUAGAAAUAUGAUCAAAAUGCUUGAAGUUGCAAAAGUUUCCCAAUUGGCUGAGUUAUCCGUUAGUAUUCCUGAAACUCGAGCAACACUGAUGUUGCCAUCAACAGAGGAAAUUCCCAAAAAGAGAUGUACAGUAUUUCCUUUCCACCCAUUGGAUCACAAAGAGGAUAGAAGAGAGGGAGUUGUCCUAUGGGUUCCACAAAGCAUUGAAGAGCUUGUAAAGGUGGCAAUGAAACAUUUGGAAAUUUCAAAUGCUUCCUGUAUUUUAUCAGAACAAGGUGGGAAAAUUCUUUAUGUAGACAUGAUUAGCAAUGAUGAGAAGCUAUUUCUGGUGAGUGAAGCACAGAACAAAGUGCACAAAGUAACCAAGUGUUCUGGGCAUCCAAGUGAGUCAAGUGACCAGGCACAACAAUAGGGACAAAUAAUGGAAAAACAGUUGCCUUUAGCUGGUUCCAGUAUACUUUUCCUCACUCCACAAGUUUUUCUAUUCCAGAGAUCAGAACGUGUAGAAAAUAGAUCCAGAAACAAGUAGCUGUCAAAAGGAAAGGAGGGUGGGUGUUCCAUUAAGCUAUCAAUAUUCAAUCAACUGACAUUGUAUGUCAUAUUAGACCAUAUAAGGUGGAACCUGAUAUCGUAUAUGGCAGACUCCUGUAAAUGACUGAAACUGUUGUUGCAACUUGCAAGUAAACAUCCUUCCAUCCCCAUUCCCUCUCUUUUCUCCUUACCCCCUCUUCAACUAUGGUAC